UUUCUAAAGGUGUCAUUUUCAAGCUGCCCACAGAUGGGAAGAGGGAGGAGAGAGGGAUCCCAGGUGGUCUGUCCCUCCCACCACUAGUCAAUUAUACCAUCCGAAUGAGCAGCAAGAUUUCCCAAACAACAAAAAGAAUUAGAGAAAGAAUCUGGACAGUGGGUCCACAUAACUCAGCCUCACAGAGCCAAAUCUACAGUCGAGCAUUUGUCUACCUCCAGGAUAGUAUUGAUAGAGCAAUAAUUGAAUUGCAGACUGGGAAAGGUGCAGAAGAAAUUGCUGUACAAAUUCAAGCUAUACCCUAUCCUUGCUACAACAAAGACUUGUUCCUAACUAGUGUGACCUACUCUCUUCCAUUUGGACUGAUGGCUGCUUGGAUACUUUUCAUUGCGGCUUUUGUGAAGAAACUCGUUCAAGAAAAGGACCUGAGGCUUUAUGAGUAUAUGAAGAUGAUGGGUGUCAAUUCCAGCAGCCACUUCUUUGCCUGGUUCAUUGAGUGUGCCGCCUUUCUUUUAAUUCCGAUCACAUUAAUCGUUCUGAUCCUCAAAGUUGGGAAUGUCCUGCCCAGCACAAGUGUGGUGCUACUAUUCCUGUACCUCGCAGACUAUAGCUUCUCGGUCAUAGCCAUGUGCUACCUCAUCAGUGUCUUCUUCAACAACACCAACAUUGCAGCUCUGGUUGCAUGUCUCAUCUACAUCCUGACCUUUUUCCCAUUCAUUGUUUUGCUUGUUGUCGAGAGUCACCUCAGCUUCACCAUGAAGAGCCUGCUGAGCCUGUUGUCUCCAACUGCGUUCAGCUAUGCAAGCCAAUAUAUUGCCCGCUAUGAAGAACAAGGCGUUGGCCUCCAGUGGGAUAAUAUGUAUAUGUCACCCAUGUCAGGAGACAACACUAAUUUCGGUUGGAUGUGUUGGCUAAUGCUGAUAGAUUCUUUUGUUUAUUUCAUUCUUGGCUGGUACAUUAGGAAUGUUUUUCCAGGAAAGUAUGGUAUAUCAGCUCCAUGGUAUUUUCCACUCCUCCCUUCUUAUUGGGCAGAGCGCUAUGGUUACAUCCCAGAGUGGAGUGAGAAGAUUAAAGUUUAUCUUUUCACCAAUUUCUUCAUCAGAAAACAGCCAACAUUCCCUGAAAAGAUGUAUGUCCAGAGUGCUUUGCCUUUUAACUUUGAACCUGAACCCACUAACUUAAAAGCUGGAGUUUCUCUUCGAGGAAUAACAAAAAUAUAUGAAUCCAAAGCCGUUGUUCGGAAUCUCAACCUGAACUUCUACGAAGGCAACAUCACUGCAUUGCUGGGUCACAAUGGGGCUGGAAAGACAACCACAAUAUCUAUUCUAACUGGUCUGUUUCCUGCUUCAUCUGGGACGAUAUUUGUCUAUGGUAAAGAUAUCAGAAUGGAUCAGGAUACAAUCAGGAAGAACAUGGGGAUUUGCAUGCAGCACAACGUGUUAUUUAGUUACCUCACCACAAAGGAGCACCUGUUUUUAUAUGGCUACAUCAAAGUGCCUCACUGGAGCAGGCAGGAGUUACGUGAGGAAGUCCAAAGGACUUUGAAGCAAACUGGAUUAUACAACCAUCGUCACAAGCUGGCUGGCUCUUUAUCAGGAGGGAUGAAAAGAAAGCUGUCAAUAUCUAUUGCUCUACUUGGAGGUUCAAAGGUUGUGAUUUUGGAUGAACCGACCACUGGGGUUGAUCCGUGCUCCAGGAGAAGCAUUUGGGAGAUUAUAUCAAAAAAUAAAAAAGGGAGAACGAUAAUUCUCUCCACCCAUCACUUGGAUGAGGCAGAGGUCUUGAGUGACAGGGUGGCAUUCUUGGAAAGUGGUGGGCUUCAGUGCUGUGGAUCACCAUUCUUCCUGAAGGAAACAUUUGGUAGUGGAUACCACCUAACACUCACUAAGAAAAAGAGCUCAAUCUUUAAUGAAGCAGAAGACUGUGAUACCUCUGCUGUGACAGCCAUGAUCCAGUCUCAUCUACCAGAUGCCUGUCUGAAAGAGGAUAUCGGUGGAGAGCUGGUCUACAUGCUUCCCCCAUUUAACAGUAAAGUCUCUUCAGCUUAUCAGUCUCUGCUGAGAGGCCUGGACAAUGGUUUGAGUAAUCUCCAUAUUGGCUGCUAUGGAAUUUCAGACAGCACCAUGGAAGAAGUGUUUCUCAAUUUGACCAAAGGCAUGGACAGAGAUGGGCAACCUGAGGCAGCGCUGUCCCAGGAGGCGCCAAGCUGCACCCUCGAGAAUGAUGACCUGUCUGUGAGCUCUGUGAAGUUCACUGAAAGAGAUGACCAAGCUCUGGUUAAGCCACAGAAGCCAAGAGGCUGUUCUUCCUUGCUGAGGAAGGCCACAGCCUUGUUCCUUAAAAGGUUCCAUCACACUCGGCGCAACGUGAAAGGGUUCAUUGCCCAGGUUGUGCUUCCUGUGCUCUUUGUGACUGCUGCCAUGGGCCUUGACACCUUGAGAACAAAGGUGGCAGAGUAUCCGGCACUCCACCUCUCGCCGUCCCUGUAUGGUUCCUCUGGCCAGGUGGACUUCUUUGGAAAUUAUAAUGAAACUACCAGUGCUUUGGUUGCUUCAUUGCUUUCCUUCCCUGGAGCAGAUAACACAUGCCUGAAUAGAAGUAAUUUAGCAUGCUUCAAGGAGGACGUGCCUGGCGAGUGGGUGCUCAGUGGGAACCAGAGUGCUCAAUAUUCCGUCUGCAACUGCACAGGCAACAGACAGCUUUGUCCAAAGAUUAAUUUAUCUCCACCCCACAAGAAGACUUUUUCAUCCCGGACAAUUUAUAACCUUACUGAGCAUGAUGUAGAGACCUACCUGUUAGCCACUGCCAAAGACUUUGUGCAGAAGAGAUAUGGUGGCUGGAGUUUUGGGCUGCCUUUGACUAGUGACCUCCAAUUUGAUAUACUUCCAGUGCCUGCUAACAGAACAGUAACUAAGGUCUGGUACAAUCCAGAGGGUUAUCACAGCCUCCCGGCCUACCUGAACAGUCUGAAUAACUUCAUACUCCGUGCCAACUUGCCAAAGGAAAACUCCUCUGGAUACGGCAUUGCGGUUGUUGCUCAUCCUUAUCCUGGUGGAGAGAGUCAAGAACAAGUCAUGCUUAGUAGUUUGCUGGAUAUCAUAGUCUGCAUGUGUAUCCUGAUUGGCUACUCCAUCACAAUGGCUAGCUUUGUGCUUUAUGUGGUAAAAGAACAUCAAACCAAAGCAAAACAACUACAGCAUAUCUCAGGCAUUGGUGUGAGAAGCUAUUGGGUGACGAACUUCAUUUAUGACCUGGUUUACUUUCUGGUACCUGUUACACUGUCAGUGGGAAUAAUUUCAGCUUUUCAGAUACCGGCUUUCGCUACCAACAACAAUAUUUUGGCUGUAUUCCUGCUUCUUUUCCUGUUUGGGUAUGCCACGUUUUCAUGGAUGUACUUGCUCGCAGGAAUGUUCACGGAAACUGGAAUGGCUUUUAUCGUUUAUGUCAGCAUCAACUUAUUCUUUGGCAUCAACACAAUCAUGUCUCAUUCAGUUCUGCUUCUUCUUUCCCAAGAAAGGCCCACAGAGGUGGCCUUGCAUGAACUUGCUGAAACCCUGAAGCAUGUUUUCCUGUUGUUUCCACAAUUCUGUUUUGGAUAUGGGUUGCUUGAACUGUCACAGCACCAGGCCCUGAUGGGCUUCUUAGAAGCCUACGGAGUGGUUUACCCUGACAAAACCUUUGACUUGGACAGGAUCGGUUCUAAGCUGAUUGCAAUGCUCAUCCAGGGGACUGUAUUUUUUUCAGUCCGGCUCUUGGUCGAUGAUAGGACGUUCCAGAAAGUCUGGUCCCACAUAUUAGAGUGCCUGUUUAACAAAGUACAUGGGAAGCCACCGCUUGAUCUAGAUGGCUCUGAAGAGGAGGAAGACAAGGAUGUUCAAGCAGAAGGAGAGCGUGUGACCCUGGGCCUUGCAGAUUAUGACAUGCUGCAGCUGCAGAAUCUCACCAGAAUCUACCACCUUCCCCACCGACAGAUCAUGGCCGUGAAAAAUGUCACUGUUGGAAUCCCAGCAGGGGAGUGCUUCGGCUUGCUUGGUGUGAAUGGAGCUGGGAAAACCACCAUCUUCAAAAUGCUGACAGGAGAUAUUGUGCCAUCUAGUGGAAGGCUGCUGGUGCGAGAUGAAACUGGCUCUUUGAAUGAUGUUGAUGAUGCACACUGGUCACUGUUUGGGUACUGCCCUCAAGAAGAUGCCCUUGAUGAUUUGCUGACAGUAGAAGAACACAUGUACUAUUACGCUCGAUUACAUGGCAUCCCAGAAAAACAUAUUAAAGGGGUGGUACUUCAACUUCUUUAUCGACUUAAUCUGAUGCCCUACAAACAUAAAGUCACCUCGAUGUGCAGCUAUGGCACAAACAGAAAGUUAUCAACUGCUUUGGCCCUUCUUGGGAAACCAUCUAUUUUACUGCUGGAUGAACCAAGCUCUGGAAUGGAUCCAAAUGCUAAGAGGCAUCUGUGGAAAAUCAUUACUGAGGAAGUACAGAACCAAUGCUCAGUGAUCCUUACUUCUCACAGCAUGGAAGAAUGUGAGGCUCUCUGCACACGUCUGGCUAUCAUGGUCAACGGCCGUUUCCGGUGCAUGGGUUCACUGCAGCAUAUAAAGAACAGAUUUGGAAAAGGAUUUACUGUGAAGAUGCAUUUGAAUAAUGAUGAAGACAGCAUAGAGAAGCUGACAGAAUUUUUGCAGUCAAACUUUCCAGAUACCUAUCUAAAGGACCAUCAGUUCAAUAUGGUAGAAUAUCACGUCCCGAUGUCUGCAGGAGGCGUAGCAAACAUAUUUCAACUGCUAGAAUUGAACAAAGCAGUCUUCAAAAUCAGGCACUUCUCAGUGAGUCAAACAACUCUAGAAGAGGUCUUCAUCAACUUUGCGAGGGCUCAAGGUGACCCUGAUAUUGCAGAUGCAAGUUCAGAUAUAGGCUCAGACAGCUCUGAUUCAAGCAGCCAAGCUUCUAGCAGGGGAGUUGUCUAGGAGGCCUUACGGCAAGCUUCCCUGCUGCUACGCUAAGGCUUGCUUUUGCGCCAAUAUGAGAACCCUGAGGGGAAGCACCUAACCUUGUAUCAGAGGGACCUAUGACUUCUUAACAUCCAGUUUACAUGCUCAUGAAUUAUAUACAGGCAUAGUGCAGAGAUAUGGCAGGUUUGGUUCCAGACCACCGCAAUAAGCAAAUAUCACAAUGAAGCAUGUUUCCCAGUGAAAGUUACAUUACACUAUACUGCAGUCUGUUAAGUGUGCAAUGGCAUUAUGUCUAAAAAAAAACCAAAGUGCACACCUUAAUUAAGAAACACUUUAUCGCUUAAAAAUGCUAAUAAUUUGAGCCUUCAGCAAGUCGAGUUCUUUUUGCUGGCAGAGGGUCCUGCCUUGAUGUGAAAAGCUGCUGACCAAUCAGGGUGAUACUUGCUGAUUCCCAGUGGGAAUCUGGUACCCAAAGUCUUGGGAGACAUCCUCCUCCCUUUUUGAUGCAUUUUGGAGGAUAUCAGAAUUCAUGGUCUCAGGGACACUGGAGAUAACAGCAAUGACUGGUUAAGGACCGACACCUGGAGUGGACAGUUGUCCAGCUGACUGGCAGUGGGUGGAGGAGAACAGCUGGGGAACAGAGAAGCUCUUUGUUCCUCUUUGGGAAAUCCAUGCAAGUGAGCAAAUUGCCACAGGCCACCUAUUUGUAAACAAAACACACAC